AUGGGGGGAGCUGGCUUGGCAGCGUUCGUGGAGCUCCGCACUGGAGGUACUGGUGUUAAGUUAGGAGCUUGGGAUGUUGGCAUGAGCGGUGGAAAGUUACUACUUAAUGGCCUUGCCCUAGGUCAGUACACUGCCUUGCCACAGCAUCGCCGGGACCUGCCUGUCAUCCAUUGCCGAAGGCAUCUCUGGUCGACACCUCCAGAAGCCGCGGCAACGGCACGAAUCGCCAUGGUUCUCAUCGCACCAUUCGCAGUGGAGCAGUGGAUGGACGAGUACGAGACCACACCGGGCGUGCUCAACGUGGCCGAGACGUGCUGCUCGUCCAUUUCCAUCGACGACAUGUGUCGACUGUGCGAGAAUAAGGGGGGGCCAGGCCCUUUUCAGACAGCCACACGGCUCACAUACGGCUCCAUCCGCGGUUCCCCCGUCCUUCGAGACCGCAUUGCCGCUCUGCAUAGCCAAGGUGCGAGUGAGACGCUGACCGCUGACAAUGUCAUCGUCACCCAAGGGGCCAUCGGUGCCAACUUUCUGGCCCUGUAUAGUCUCGUGGGCCCUGGGGACCACGUCAUAUGUGUGUAUCCGACUUACCAGCAGCUGUACUCCGUCCCUCAGAGCCUCGGGGCCGAAGUCAGCCUGUGGCGCCUGCGCGAGGACAGGGCCUAUGCCCCAGACCUGGGGGAGCUGGGCGGCCUUGUCCGCCACAAUACCAAAAUGAUAAUCAUCAACAACCCGAACAACCCCACCGGCCAAGUGAUAGCCGGGGACGUGUUGCAGGGAAUUGCCGAUUUUGCGGAGCAAAGGGGGAUUAUACUCCUUUCAGACGAGGUCUAUCGGCCGCUGUUCCAUGACCAGUCUGAGGGCAGUCUGAGCGUGCCACCGUCAGCUACGGCGUUGCGAUGCAGCAGGACGGUGGUGACCGGAUCCAUGUCCAAGGCAUUCUCCUUGGCUGGGAUUCGAGUGGGCUGGAUCGUUUGCAAAGACGCAGGCAUCAUGGAAGCUAUGGUGGCCGCACGUGACUACACGACCAUCAGCGUGUCCCAACUGGACGACCAAGUUGCGAGCUACGCCUUGUCACCAGCGGUGAACAAGCCAUUACUCGAGCGCAACCUGUCUCUGGCAAGACACAAUGCUGGCCUGGUCAACGCCUUUGUGGAGAGUCACACGUCGGUGUGCCGGUGGGUGCGACCGGUUGCAGGAACGACUGCCUUCAUACAAUUCUUGAAGCGAGGGAAGCCAGUCAAUGACGUGGACUUUUGUGUAGACCUCCUCAACGCAACCAAGGUCCUUGUGUGCCCCGGGUCGCACUGCUUUGGCGGCGACCAUGACUUCGAGGGAUUCGUGAGGGUAGGGUACGUCUGUGACACGGCAGUGCUGGAGGAGGCGCUCAGGAGACUCGGCCGCUAUGUCCGUGAAAAGCUGGUCUAA